AUGUCCCCCUCUGCCACGCCCAAAAUCCACCUCUACACCGCAGGCACGCCCAACGGCCAGAAAAUCAGCAUCACGCUCGAGGAGCUCGGGUUGGAGUAUGAGACGACGCAUGUGGAUAUUAGUAAGGGGAUGCAGAAGGAGGAGGGGUAUUUGAAGAUUAAUCCAAAUGGUAGAAUUCCAGCAAUAGUAGACAAGACGAUUGGGAAAGAUGGAAAACCGCUUGAUAAGAGGGUUUUUGAGGGGGGUGCUAUUAUGCAAUAUCUUUGUGCUAAGUAUGAUGGGGAGGGGAAGAUUAGUUAUGCUUAUGAUAGUGAUGAAUACUGGGAAACAAUCGAAUGGCUCACAUGGAUGCAAUCCGGUCUCGGUCCCAUGCAAGGCCAAGCAAAUCAUUUCUACCGCUACGCCCCCACGAAGAUUGAUUAUGCUAUUAAACGAUAUCAGACCGAAACCAAACGUCUCUACACAAUCCUCGAAACGCGUCUCGCAUCCCAAAAAUCUCUAUCCGCUCCCUCCGGCCCCUGGCUCGUAGGCAGCAAACUUUCAAUCGCGGACCUCGCCUGUUUCUCGUGGGUGAACUGGGCCGAGUGGGCGGGUGUGUAUCUUGAGCGGGAGGAGGGGAAGGAGUUUGGGGUUUUGAGGGAGUGGGUGGGGAGGAUCAAUGAACGGGGGGCGGUGAAACGCGGCCUCAACGUCCCCGAACCCUUCGCCAUGAAAGAGAAAAUGCAGAGUAAAGAAGGCGAAGAGGAAUUCGCCAAGUUCCAUAGUGGAUGGGUUAUGAAGGGGCAGGAUCAAGAUCAGGAGACUCAUAAAUAG